GCCCGCCUGUCCGCCUUCGCGUUGGGCUGUUGCCUGCCUGCCCGGCGGUUCUGUGGCUGAGGUGACGGGGAAGAACCACGAAGAAAGAGUUUGUUUUUUUUUAUAUAAAGAAAUCCUGUUUUUGAACUUAAAGAUCCCCCUUCUCCUUUCUCCCUCGUUCGGGCCAGGCGUGAUUGCCUUAUCGGAGCAGCGAGAGACAGAAAAACCGAGAGAGGAGCAUAUAAAAACAAUUCAGGGGACAUCGAAGGGAGUUUAAAAGAAACGAAAUAAUAAUAAAGAAAAAGGACAGCCGCUGCUGAAGCAGAAAGUUCGCGUAUCAGAGACAUAACACCCGAAAUGGCUUGUGCGGCGGGUGGUUCCUUGACCAAUUACGCUGUUUUAGGGCAAGUGAUUGGGGAGAGAAAGUAGCAAGAGUUUUAAUCUAUUUUGCUUUAAAUAUGGUUGAGCGAUAAAGUUUGUUGCUGUGGGUUUCUUCCCUUCUAGUCAAAAGCAUUGGGGGUGGAAAUCCCUCCCUUCUCCCUCUAAAAGAUGCCACUGAUAAGAGGCGAGGGCAGCUGCCUGCCGGGGUGAGUGGCUGGAGCUCGUCAAAGCCACGCCGACUUCAACAGCAGCAACACCAUCGAUGUUGAGAAGUGAGAGGGACCGAGGGCUUCCGUGCUCUCUCAAUGCUAGAGAGGGCGCACCAUCCAAACUCUGAGUCGUACAUUUUUCUCCCUCUUCCCCCUCCUCCUCCUUCUCCUCCUCCCCUCUCUGUUUUUCCGCCUUCCUUCUUCAAGAGAUGAAGCCCUGGGACCGAGGAAUGAAACUUUAAACAUUUACAGAAGCUCUUCGCUUGCCAUGCCCGCCUUAUUUUAAUGCUGGAAAUGGUUUUACUUUUUAAUCACAGGAGCUAAUUUUGAUCCGACUUGUCAGCAGAACAGGAAGUUCCUUGGAGAGGUUUGCUGAGAAUUUGAAGAUAUGAACCGGAAUCCACAGAAGAAGUAGUCUCGUGAUUGCUUUCCUGAUCAAAUUUAAAAUAAAAACUGAGUAUGUAAGGGAAAAGUGUUUGUCAACAUUGACAUUUUAUAAAGAAUCUUCAGUGUUAAUGAGUCAUUAGAGUUGAAGGCCGACAGAACCAUGUGGCGAUUGCUUACACUGAAGCUUGGUCGCUUGUACUGCUGUUUUAAGUUCCUGUUUGUGGUCAGUCUGUUGGUUUUCAUGUUAAUGAAUACACACACAUUAUUUGACUCCUUUCAGAAGAAUGAACUUGCAGAUCGUCGUUUUAUUAGCCUCAACAAGUGUCCAGCAUGCUUUGGUACUAGUUGGUGCCGUAAGUUUAUGAAUGGCCAAAUCACAUUUGAAACAUGGGGUCGUCUGCGACUUCUGGAUUUCUUGAAUGUGAAAAAUGUCUACUUCGCUCAGUAUGGGGAGCCAAGGGAAGGUGCAAGGCGUGUCGUUCUCAAACGCUUGGGUUCUAAUCAAGAACUGAUGGAGAUGGAUCAAAAGAUUUGCAAACGGGCCACAGGGCGUCCUCGUUGUGAUGUUACACAAGCUAUAUACAAGACUCAGUUUUCCCGUUUAAAUGGAGAAGUUCGGUUACUAACUCCAGAUAUUGUGGAAGGAUGGUCAGACUUGGUGCAUUGUCCAUCACAAAGACUCCUAGACAGAAUUGUACGCAGGUAUGCUGAAACAAAGGAUUCUGGAAGCUUCUUGAUGAAGAAUUUGAAAGACUCUGAGCGUAUGCAGCUGCUUCUAACAUUGGCUUUUAACCCAGAGCCAUUGGUUCUUCAGAGUUUUCCAUCAGAUGAAGGAUGGCCUUUUGCAAAGUACCUUGGAGCCUGUGGGAGAAUGGUGGCUGUAAAUUAUGUAGGCAAUGAACUUUGGAGUUUCUACCAUGCACCCUGGGAAAAACGAGUAGACUUGGCCUGGCAGCUGCUGGAAAUUGCUGAGCAACUCACUAACAAUGAUUUUGAAUUUGCGCUCUACCUCCUGGAUGUCAGCUUUGAUAACUUUGCUGUUGGAUCUCGGGAUGGAAGAGUCAUCAUCAUUGAUGCUGAAAACAUAAUUGUGGCAGACAAAAGGUUAAUCAAACAAAAUAAGCCUCAAAAUUGGGAUGUAUGGUACGAGAGCAAGUUUGACGAUUGCGGGAAAGAAGCCUGUCUAUCAUUUUCGAAGGAUAUUUUAUGUUCUCGUGUUACAGUUGACCAUAACUACUAUGCCAUCUGUCAGAACCUGCUCUCCAGGUAUGCCAUCUGGCGUGGUACAUCCGGAGGGCUCCUGCAUAACCCUCCUGUAGAAAUUGUUAGAGUUGGCAGAUUGGAAGCCUUGCUUGAAGAAUGUGCCAACCCAAAGAAAGAAUACGGUCGAUUCCAGGCAGCAAGAGAAUUACGAGAUUACCUUGCAAAGCUGAACAACAAUGUAAGGUAGCUCAAAAUGGGAUCUAUGGUUUUUUUUACAUUGCUCUAGAUUUGAGACUGCAGUUAGUCAAAUGUGAGAGUGGUUCCUGUGUAGAAUGUAAAUUUACAUUGAAUGCAGAUAUGACAGCACAGGGUAACAAUUCGUGCUUGGAACAACAAUGGACAUCUGCAAACCCAUGUGUGGGGUUGAUUACCUGAUUAGAGCAUUGAGCUUUUAUUGACUUGAUCUCUGCCUGUGGGUGAAGACCAGCAGGUCACUGGAUAUAAUAGACUCUGACAGGUUUAUUGAAUGCACAUGUGUCAAAGGGCAAUUGACAUAACACAACAUUACUGUCACAAAUUGGGAGGUUGAUGCCUUUACUGAGGAAAUCUUGCUUAAUUAAAAGCCUGUUUCAAGGCUUAAACCUACUGAUGUCUUGCAUUUCUAUAUUUUGAAUAAGGAAACGUUAAAAAGUUUUUAUUAAAAAAAACUUACAUGUACUGCCAUUAAAAUGUGCAAGAUUUUGAUACAUUUGCCCAUACUACUUUGAAAGUAUGUGAACAUAUAUGUAACUUAUCAUCUGUAAACUGAAGCACUGAGGGAAAAUAUGGCAUUGCGGUAUUCUGUCAAACCUUACACCAUCCUUUCAUCAUCAUUAAGCAAUAAUUUAAUGUUCUACAAAGUAUAGGGAGAGAAUCAAAAAUCACUUUACUUCUAAGUAUUACAUCACACAUCUUUAAGCAUGAAAUAGUGACCUGGGUUAACUUGUAGCAAUGAAAUUUAAAAAAAGUAAGAUAAUCAUUUAAGAACCUGUAGGGGGUACUUAAAACAGAACCAAGUUAACUUUCCUGUAAAUAAAAUUAGGAAAACUUCUUUUGUACAGGAAGCAGGAAGACACAGGAGCAUCUAGUAUUUGAGCAUAAACCAAAGAGUAAGAGUUGUUCCAAAAUUACCAUCAUCUUGGUAGAAGAAACCUAUUUAUUGAAGCAAACAAAAAUAGAAGCAAAAUGAGGACACCUUUCAAUAGCUGUUUGUAUUUUAAAAUUGCAUCUUUUAUCACUGGGGUGAGGUUAUUGGUCACAAGUUUACAUUUGCCAUGUGCUUGACUGGUUCUAUUUUUUACUGAUUUACUGGGCUGACACAGAUGGCAGUUGCUUUCUGCUGUGUAUUACAUGUUAGUACAGUAUUGUAAUUUGAAAGUUUAGGGUGAACAUUUUCUGUUUUGUUUAACUAAACUAUAUUAAUUUGUUUCCAGUUUUUAGAAGAAAAAUCUAUGUUUGGCACAUUAAACAAAAAGCCUUGUUGUUUAUGUGGAAAUGGGGUGGAAAAUCUGCUUUUGCUGCUGAUUAGCUGAAGUGCAGCAGUAACACCAUUGCCAGCUACUUUCAUGCUUGUGGUUCAAUCUGGAUAAAUGUUAAGCUGUUCCCCAUAAAGCAAUUUUGUGGCUUUAAUCUCCAUUUGAAAUCACGCUGAUGCUUUUGAUUCUAAAACUAGCUCAAGUUGGCUUUGUUCUAAGGGACUGAAUGCUGCAACAUCACAAAGUACAGUAGAAAGCAAUAGUGUUUUUUUUUCCAAAAUUCUCAGACACUGAAGUAAUAAAAUUAUGUUCCAUUUAAUGGUACACAUGUAGCUUUUAUUCUGUACUCAUAACUUGUUAGUGAAGAUGAAGUUGACCAGUGAUUUUAUGAAUGGGAUUUGAAGACUGUAAGAUGCUGAAAAAUGCUGUCUUCACCUUUUUCGUAUGUUCUUAUUUAGUUUCCAUGUUUUAUCAAAAUUGUCUGACUCACUGUGCCUUUCAUUCAAAAUUGUCUUUAUAACUUAAAGUGGAUUCAUAUAAUAAAACCUGUUACUUAUUAAA